AUGCUCCUUAAAGGUAACCAGAGCUAUCAAGGAGAAUUCAUCUUAUUGGGAGUAGCUGACCGCCCACGCUUGGAGAUGGCGCUCUUUGCCAUUAUCCUGAUAUGCUACACGAUGACCCUUCUGGGCAACACAACCAUCAUUGUGGUGUCAUGGUUGGAUCCAAAUCUCCACGCCCCCAUGUAUUUCUUCCUCAGCAUCCUCUCCUUCCUUGAUCUCUGUUACACCACCAGCCUUGGCCCACAUAUGCUGGUGAACUUCUGGAGAAAAAGCAAGACUAUCACCUACGGUGGCUGCGUAGUUGAAUUGUACAUCUCUCUUGGUUUGGGUUCUACGGAGUGUAUUCUGUUAGCUGCCAUGGCCUACGAUCGCUAUGCUGCGGUCUGCCAGCCAUUGCACUACACUGCCAUUAUGAGCCAUUCCAAAUGCAUCAAAAUGGCUGCUGUCUCCUGGAUCACUGGCUUCAGCAACUCACUUGUGCAGACGGUGAUGACCCUCAGCCUCCCACGGUGUGGGCAGAACCAGAUAGACCAUUUCUUCUGUGAGGUGCCAGCCAUGAUCAAACUGGCCUGCGUUGACACGUCACUCAAUGAAGCUGAACUCCUUGCUUCUUCUGUGGUGAUCCUUCUAUUACCUCUGUGCCUCAUCACAGUUUCUUAUGGCUACAUUGUAGCUGCCGUGCUGAGGAUUCGCUCGGCUGAGAGCAGGCUGAAGGCCUUCAACACCUGUGCCUCCCACUUGAUUGUGGUGUCGCUCUUCUAUGGCACAGCCAUUUUCAUUUACCUCCAGCCCCCAUCCAACUACUCCCGUGACCGAGGAAAGAUGAUUUCCCUUUUCUAUACAUUUGUCACCACCAUGCUUAAUCCAUUGAUCUAUACUCUGAGGAACAAAGAGGUACACAAAGCCUUAAGAAGAGCAGUGAAAAAGAACUGA